AGAUUACAGUGAGCGGAGAGGAUAAGCCACCUCAUGAGAAAUUAACCGCACCAAGUUUCAUUGAGUGCAAACACCGCUGUCACGUGAUCGGUAAUCCCCAGUUUCCCAGGUUGGACAGAGCUCACCCUGCCUACCUGUAAAGACACAUUUAGAUGAUGCUAUUAAUAGCCUCAUAUAAUUAAUAAUAUGAUGCACUAGUAAGAAGAAGGUACGUUUCUAAGGCUGCAUGUAAACCCAAAGUGAAGCCACUCUUUUUUUGGAUAAAGACACACUCAGAUUAGAAGUGUCAGACCACACACCAGUCUAAUAUUAGUGUACACACAAUGCGGCGCUCCAACUUGAUCAAAUCUCAGGGCUAUAUACAGGGCGGGGUCACAUAUUUUGCUUCUAUUUUUAAACCUCCACACACACAGACAGCGAGGGAGAGAGAGAGAGAGAGAGAGAGAGAGAGAGAGAGAGAGAGAGAGAGAGAGAGAGAGACAGGCAGGCUGCCUUGUAAAGCGAUUAGCAACUCGGAUGGUACUUUCACUCUGUCACUGUAUCCAGAGCAUCAUCUUUGCCUGAGGUGAAAACAACAGCUCUACCAGCAGGCUGCGACAUGUGGAGGGAUACCUCCAGGGCAUGCGAGGCUGUCCGCUCCAAGACAGGGGGAUUGGGUUCAUUUAUAAAGCCGUGCAGGCUCAACAAUAGGUUGUGUUAAAGUGAUUAAACACACAGGCUACACGUCUUUGUAACCACCUGCAUUAUAUUGUUAAGUUAAAAACACACGGACAUCACCUUGACCCAUGCGCACAGAACAUGGUGCACCCACAACCCCUGUCCAAAAAGGAUGGAAUUGUUAUAUGUGGUGCACAUGUGGUUCUGUAGCUCAGUGAGUUGUAACAAUACAGCCAUGGUUAGAGGUUUGAUUCUCACCCAUGCUAAAAUGUAUAAACUCACUAAAGGUUAUGUGCACACAAUCGUCCUCGGCAGUGUCCACUGAAUGGCGCACGCUAUAUACAAAACUGAAAUAUUGAAAAUCAGAAGCCCUGGUCCUCCUGGCUGCGCUCCACCGACCUGUCUGCGCGUACGUGACGCAUGGGAGGGGGGAGACUACUUAAAGGCGGAUUAACGCUGGCAAGACAUUAAAUCCAACCUCCCUCCAUCCAGACGCAGCGCGCAGCCCAUCAACCUGAUCUGAAGAUCGAAAAUAGGGGGGCUUAUAGUAAUCAGCCCUUCAGACUCCCAUGACAAGGAAAAGUGUGGCAACGUCGUGGGAGCGCUCGGCACACACAGCAGGACGCUCGCUGGCGCUGCGCGCUAAGCACAUAACCAAGCAGAUAGCGCGCAGAAAGACGGAGAGAAGCGGGGACGGCGGCAGCAUCCCGUGACGGAUGCAUUUCUUAGCUAAAACCGGACGUUUUGGAGACUGAAAACAAGAGAGAGAGGGAGAGAAGCAGGACUGGAAAUAACGCGCUUUUUUUUUUUGGAGGGAUUUGAACAGAGUGCCAUUGUGCUCUAGUCUUCUCCGGAUGCUCAGAAAUGGGGGAAUGGACUAUACUAGAGAGGCUCCUGGAGGCUGCUGUCCAGCAGCACUCUACUAUGAUAGGAAGGAUCCUACUAACAGUGGUGGUCAUCUUCCGGAUUCUAAUCGUAGCAAUAGUUGGAGAGACUGUCUAUGAUGACGAGCAGACCAUGUUUGUUUGUAACACCUUACAGCCGGGCUGCAACCAGGCAUGCUACGACAAGGCAUUUCCCAUUUCACACAUUAGAUAUUGGGUUUUUCAGAUCAUCAUGGUGUGCACCCCGAGUCUUUGCUUUAUCACGUACUCGGUGCAUCAGUCGGCCAAGCAGAAGGAACGGCGGUACUCAACAGUCUAUCUGACACUAGAUAAGGAUCAAGAUUCACUGAAGCGAGACGAGAGCAAAAAGAUAAAGAACACGGUUGUAAAUGGAGUACUUCAGAACACGGAGAACUCCACCAAAGAAGCCGAGCCGGACUGUUUAGAAGUCAAAGAGAUCCCUAAUUCGGCAAUGAGAACUACAAAGUCCAAAAUGAGGCGACAAGAGGGCAUCUCCAGGUUUUACAUCAUCCAGGUGGUUUUCCGAAACGCGCUGGAAAUAGGCUUUUUGGUGGGUCAGUAUUUCUUGUAUGGAUUCAACGUCCCGUCGGUGUACGAAUGUGACCGCUACCCCUGCAUCAAAGACGUCGAGUGCUACGUCUCCAGGCCCACGGAGAAGACUGUGUUCCUGGUGUUCAUGUUCGCCGUCAGUGGGUUCUGUGUGGUGUUGAACCUGGCUGAACUCAAUCACUUGGGGUGGAGGAAAAUCAAAACGGCCGUGCGAGGUGUGCAGGCUCGGCGGAAGUCCAUUUAUGAAAUCAGAAAUAAGGACUUGCCGAGGAUGAGUGUGCCAAAUUUUGGCCGCACUCAGUCCAGUGACUCUGCUUAUGUGUAACACAUGGGAAGAAAGGAAAAACAGAUGUAUAAAUAAAACCAUGAUGGACAUGAUGGACAGCUCCGCACGCCUAAUUCGUGUCAUGACUUUAAGAGUGGGCAGAUUUUUUUGAUUUGUUGGUCUUUUAAGGACUUCAUGGCAAGCGUGGGUUACACGUUUGUUUACUUAUUUAUUAUUGCACUGAUGCAACUUUUUAGUAACGUUUAUACUCUGUAAGAUGCUAAAUGGAGACCAUGUUAACGUGUUCACAUAUUUACUCUUCUGUGGGCUUGUUCUGCUGUACUUGAAGAGAGUAAAAUGCAAAAAUUUGCACUAAGAGGUGAACACUUGAGGGCCUGACCUUAUCCAAAAUGUACUACUGACCUGACGGUGUUUUUAAGACGUUUUCUUUCCACCUGUUUUCUGGCAUCAACCUAAUUAAAUGGCACCAUACACAGUAGUUAAAGGACAAAUCUAUCAUUCAGAUUUAUAUAUGCAUAGAUAUAUAAAUCCUUACUAUGGUUCGACCUAGUUGAAAUACAUCAUGUUUAUUUUUUAUGUUGCCUGUGUUGCACCACUGACCUUAACAUAUGUAACCAUUCCAUUGCUUUAUAGCUGACUUGCAAAACAGUAUCUGGUGAAUUUGCUGCAAACGCUAACGUCUGUGACUUCCUUAAUUUAUGACACACCAAAGCGCCCACUGCUUUUAUUUGUGAAGUGUUUUUUUUUUCUUGCUUUUGUGUAAUCAAGUGCCAUACUUGUAUAUAAACAUGAUAUAUAUGUAUACAUAUAAAUAUAUAAAUAUAUAAUAAUCAUCAUGAAAGCUGAUUCCCUGCUUGGAUUAUGCUAAAUGCCGCCCAGAAUUCUUUUUUUAUUUGCUUUAAAUGUAUUUGUUGUGAUUUAAAUGAAGAUGAAAAAAAAAAAAUAAUAUAACAGUUUUCUCUGUUUUAUUUUGCAAAUGACUGGAAAAAAAAAGAAAGAAAUGAAGUGCUAGUCUUUUUUUAUAUACAAGAAGUAAAUGUUUCUCCCUAAUCAAAGCCGAUCAAAACUGGAAAAAAUAGCACAAAUUGACAUUUUUAUCAAAGAAAGGGCAAUAAAAAUCUGCUCUGGUGCUACAGUUUUUUCAUAGAGUGGUUUAAAUGUAACCGAAACAGACCAGAAAAAAAAAACACAAACAUCUUUUUUUUUUCUCUGUGGAAAAUAAAAGUGGGAUUCAUGUACACCA